AUGGAUGAAAAGAGCGACAUUACCACGAAAAAUGAAAAAGCCAAUGACACCGACGAACAGCUCCUCAGGGAGCUCGAGAACCCUCAGAAAAUCAAGAAAAUAGUUCGCGAAGGCAUCCUGCUCGCUGGUGGCGGAGCGGCUAUUCUCCUUCAAGUUGCCAUGCCGGGCGUUGGCAAAGGCGUUGAUGAACACAGUAACUUCUCCUAUCGUCCACUGGAUCGACUCCGCACGACUAUGACAUACGUCUACUGCAUGGCGUUCGGCACCCCAGAGGAAAAGAAGAUCAUCAUUGAGAUGGUCCACAAAGCACAUUCCGUUGUCAAGGGCCCCGACUACUCGGCCGACGAUCCACACCUGCAGGUCUGGGUGGCGGCGACUCUCUACGCUGUUGGGAUUGAUUUGUACGAGCAGGUCUUUGGGCGCAUGGAUGAGGCCACUGCCGAGGCAACCUAUCGUGAAUAUGCCGUUCUUGCGGUUUCACUCCGUGUCAAGCCAGAGAUGUGGCCGCCAACUCGCGAGGCGUUCUGGGUCUAUUGGAACGAACAGAUCAACAAGAUACAGCAUCGGAUAACCCCACAGGCAAAGAACGUUGCCAAGGAUCUACUGUUUAACAAACAAGUUCCUUUCAUAAUCCGUGUUUCCAUGCCACUGGUGCGGCUGAUGACCGCAGACUUGCUGCCAGAGGGGAUCCGCGAGGGGUAUGGGCUCAAGACCAGUAGGACGCGAAGGGGAAUGCAGAAGGUGGUUCGGGGGAUGACGAAGGUUGUGUACCCUGCUACACCUAGCUUCAUUCGGACCUACCCUAUGCGGUACUAUCUGAAGGAUAUGCGGAAGAGAAUGAAGAAGGCCCAACAUAGGUCCGAUGCGACGCAUCUAUCCAUGGCUGUCCUUGUACGAGAUGUCGCCAGGAUGGUCGACGUGACUGCACACUCGGGUCCAGAUCUGGCAGGCAACCAAGAUGCCCCUCGAAGAGACGAUGCCAUCGACGGUACCGCUAAACAAAUUAUACGCCCAGAGGAGCCCAUCGAUGGGCUGUAUGGUGGCCUUGGAAAUGCGGCUGGAAUAGAAACGUCCGUCGAUCUCACGGCCCCCAGCAGCGUAUCAUUCUUCUUUUGCCCUUUCCUCACACUCAACGGUUUGGCCGUCCUACCUCAGGAAGAUGUGGCAUACUUGGCUUCAAAGGGGUCUUUGAGUGUUCCAGACUGGUCCACGAUCAAUGAAUUCGCGAGGCAGUAUUUUCUCAACAUUCAUCCUUGUCUUCCAGCACUGGAUGAGGCAGAGUUUUGGCGUAUCUCUGCUAACUCCCCUUCACACACAAUAUCAUUAUUUGUUUUACAAGCUCUUCUAUUUUCCAGUUGUCCUUAUGUUCCCUUACAAACGCUCCAAAAAUGUGGAUUCAGUGAUAGACGCAAAGCCAGAAUAAUAUUCUACGAUCGUGCUAAGCUACUAUUCGAUCUCCAAGCAGAAGAUGAUGCCUUCGCCAAAGCCCAAGGCUCCGCUCUUCUCGCCCACCACACGUCCGCUCAAGAUCCCCAGGCCAGCAAUAUAUGGUUGAUGCGCGCUAUCCAAAAUGCUAUGAUUGUGGGCUGCGGACCAGGCCCUGGUGAUAGUCAGAUCAACUUAUCCAUGAUGAAACGGUUGUGGUGGUCUAUGGUGCUGCGUGAUCGGGUUCUAUCUAUCGGGCUCCGCCGUCGUCCUCAAAUCACAUCAGUAGAAUUCAACAUGGGGGCAAACUGGCUUACAGAAGAGGAUUUCGCGGAUGAAAUAGUAAAUUCUCGAGUAUACGAUCCGGAGCUCAAGAUUCAACUGUUUCAGGUCCUGCAGGAACAAUGCAAACUAGCGGUUCUUCUCACCGAUAUGGUCGCGCUGGUCUUUUCCUCGCAGGGGGUAUCAUCCCCGUCACUUUCUUUGACCGAAUUCCAGGCCGUUCUCGCUGCCAUCCGCCGGAUCAAGCGGUAUCUGACGAAAUGGGAGGCUGUUUCGAUUGUUCCACCGUCUACCAGCCACGAGACCGUUACCUUCUUUACUCAUCUGACUUGGAUGUAUUACUAUGCCGCCCGUGUUGAUCUAGCCCAAUACGAGGCGUUGAUUAUCGAGAAGCAUUUGAGCUUCACCGGAACUAACUAUAGAGGCCAAUUGCUAGAAACUGGCGCAGAUCUCCGCAAAGCCAUGACUGGUUUAACAAGUGCCAUAGAGUUUUUCUGUGGCCAGGGACGUGCAGAGCGGAUGCCUCUGAGCGUUCUGGCCUAUACCGCCGUGCCCCUCGUUCUUGCUGCCAUCGAUGUGAAGCUCUCUCCCUCGCAGGCAGAAAUGACGAUCCGAAAGCGUCGUCUCGAUCGCCUGGGAGAGAUUGUUCGACAUUCGAGAAUGCUUUAUGACGUGGCUGAUUAUGUGGCUGCUGGGACCAACCAUAUUCUGCAGUUGGCGUACAUUACUACACAAGAAGCUUUUCUACGAUGCGGAACAAACGCCAUCGGCUCCUCACAGAUGGUGAUAGAACCGCCAUCUGUCGGCAUGUCACUUGGUACUACUGCGAAAAGAGUGACGAACUGUGCGUCAGACGCCCUGGGCCAAGAAGCAACAAAGGCUGCCGUGGACCAUUGGCUGGAGACAUACGACACUUCACAAUGCCCGGAGAUUGCUCCAAAUGGUAGGCUGACCGAGGAUGUCGGUUCCAUAUCCCAGAUAGACAGUUUGCCAGAGGAGCAGGCCGCCGAUAGCCCAGAAGACGACAGCUCCGAGAGCCGACAUGAUGAUGUAUUCAAAUUCAUCACAGCUAUUGGAGAGUCCAUCAGGGAAACCGCCUAUGAGGUGGAAGCCAGUUGCAGUCCGGAAGAGACUAAUGUUGGAGAGGCUGCUAUCAACCUGAAUUUCUUCGAGUUUGGCAGUCCGCAGUCGGACGAUAUAACGGAGAUGCAUGCACUCAGCGGGGACUCCUCUCGACAUCUAGGGACGGGUGCAUCUCUCUCCGGGAAAGAUCGAUCUGAUGAUGGUGGUUUUGGUCCUACGGGAUUUCAGUCUAUAUACACUUCCUUGCUGCGAGACUCUGUGGUUUGA